AUGAAGGAGUUUCUCUUGCAGAGGACUCUGCAAAGCCGCAAGAGUGACAUAAGGAAGCAAGAGCAGCAUCUGGCGGAUUCGGCAGCGGUAGCAGACGAAAUAGGUCGCGGGAGUUGUUCCUCCUCGUCAACUGCUGCUUCUGCUUGCACCGGGACAGCUAGAGCAGGUCGUGGUAUGAAAAACAGCAGUGCUGAAUCGAGUUCAUCCGCCUCUUCGGCCACAGGCGAGACCAGUCUUCACAUGUCAGCUGGCACAGCACCCUCUCCACGGUCAUCACCUCCAACGCGAGCAGAUCAUGUCGGGCAACAAGAAGAGGGGCCAUCAAAACAGCAGGCGGUUCUUCACACAGUAGAGACCACACGGGUCGAAAAUCGGCUUCUCGAGGUCGAGGAAAUCUAUGCGAGGAUGAUAGCAGACGGAUAGGCGUAGGUCGCAGAAGUAGUAAGUAGACAGAGGCGAGGUAUUUUGAUAUGAAAUGGUACUAGCACGUGGUUCUUGUUCAUGCAACCGGAUGGAUUCUGCAAAAGAAGUACGAGCAUAGUUUGAACGAGAAACAACAAGAUCAUCGGAAAACAAAAUGAACAGAAUGGAAAAUGAAGGUGCCAUAUAAAGUAAUUCUGUUUGAUGACCGGGUUAUGGAAGGUAUUGUUUGUGAGCGCGAGGACGUGUUUUCACUUUUUUGAUUGUUCCUGUCAUCUUGAUCAGCCCGCACAAAG